CCUGCGGCCGCGCGCCGGUGCCAGCCCCGCGGCGGCCCCGGGCGGCCCGGCCUGACCCUGACCCCGCUCCGGUGCUGGCGUUACCGGUUACCGGUGCUCCUGUGCCGCGUACGCCCUUAACACAGCCCGGCCCAACCCAGCCCAGCUCGGCCCCGGCCAUGGCGCACUCGGCGCCGCUCGGCCUCCUGGAGCAGGGCUGCCCCAUCCAGGUGGAGCACGAUCGGAAGCGGCGGCAGUUCACCGUGCGGCUCAACGGAUGCCAUGACAAGGCCGUGCUGCUCUAUGAGUACGUGGGGAAGCGGAUCGUGGAUUUGCAGCACACGGAAGUCCCGGAUGCCUAUCGAGGGAGAGGAAUAGCCAAGCACCUCGCCAAGGCAGCCCUGGACUUCGUGGUGGAGGAGGACCUGAAAGCUCACCUGACGUGCUGGUACAUUCAGAAGUACGUCAAGGAGAACCCCCUGCCGCAGUACCUGGAACACUUGCAGCCUUAAGGCAGGACUGCUCCGACACCAGCGCUGUCCCUGACUGUUCAACGCGGCCUUCGCUUCUCUGCCGUCUCAGGAAACCCCUUCCCACACUCACAAUUCCUUCUCCUUGUUAAGUGCAUCCAUGUGGUGCAUGAGUGUGGGCACAACCUCCUCCUCUGUGCCCACGUGUGAGCACGGCUGCUGGCUCCAGGCACAUGCGGUGCCUCUUGGCGCGCUUCCCAAGCCAGGCGAUGGAAGAGGAUGGUCCUUCCACCAAACUCCAUCACAAGAGCAGGGGAUGAGCCAAUCUGCACCUCGUCCUCUCCCCAUUGCCUGGUGACAGCUAUGAACUUGCUGAGGGAUGCCAGUUGGGGUGGUUGUGGGGUACCAGCCCCUCUUUCUUCCCAGCAGCUGGGGGAGAUGCUGUGGAUGAAGCCUUGUGGGACAGAGGGAGGUGGCAGGUUCAUCCCCUGCAGUUGGACACUGAGCAUUGCCCCAGCCCCUGUGCAGUACAGAUGAGAACGUGUGGGCCAUGGUGGCACCUCGGGGGCUUUACUGCACCAUUGUGGAGACACUGGCAUGGUGACACCUUCAAGUCUGGAGACAAGAGCCACGUAAGGAGUGGGUUUCAUCUACAGGGGCUGUGGCAGAGCAUAUGCAAUGUGAGUGUGCAGAGGAAGAAAGGCAGCUGAGUUGCAGAUGCUGCUCUCUGGAGAUGCCAGCUCCUGCCCAGCCUCCUGUACAUAACCCCAGCAUGGAAUCUCCACAGGGCCAUGUCCAUUGUUCCUGUCUGUGCUCCUUGCUAUCCGUGUUGACUGUGCUGGUGUGGACAAAGCCUGCUCAGGAGAAGAGCACCAGCCUUGGCCUAAGCAAUAAGGGGACACCCCAUGCUUUUGCAGGCACCAGAGUGGUUUCCUGCAGCUGAAGAGGAAGGCUCCUCUCCAUCUCCCUCAACUCCAGCUCUGCACCCACAUUGUAAGGCCUCACCCGUCAUUGUGUCCUGAGAGCAACAGGGGUAAGGCCUCUGGGAUUUGCUCCUAUCCCAUCUCCAGGACCCGAUUCUGGAGCCGCCUGUCUCCACAUGGAUGCUGGUCACUUCUCCCUACAGCCUUUGGAAAGAAGCCCUGGCUCAGAGCAUUACCUGGCCCCAUCACAGCUCCAAGCCCAGGGUGCUCAGCCAGCAGCAGGAACACCCUUGUGCUGUUACCUCCACAGAUGAUGACCCUAUAGCACAGCUCAGCAUUGCUGCAGUUGGAUGUAGAGGUAACACUGUGAUGGCACUGCCUGCUUCUGGCUUGCUGCCUCUGCUGCCUUGCCCAGGCUUUGCAGGGCCUGAGUUACACCCCAGAGCAUCUCCCUUGAUCCCAGGGCUGGGCUGCGGUGGGGACACCAGCCCUCAGCAGCCUGAAACAUGAAGCAGAUAAGGAGCCUUUCACCUGGAGGCCAAAUCCAGCCCCAGCUUAUCUCUCAGCAGGGACUAAAGUUUACAGUCUGUGCCAUGCACUGAAUGAAGCCCAGGCCAGGAAGCAGCUCAGCCCUCUCCCAGUGCCCAGCAUCAAGCCCAUGGCAGCAAAGGCAAAAGCUCCUACACCCUGGCUGCGUUGGUCAGAGAUGGAGACCCUGUGCCUGAUCCCAGCCCUGAGCUGUUCCUUCUGGCUUGAGGCUGCCUGCCUCUGCUUUUGGGCUGCCCACCACCAGUAUAACACAGCCCUCUGCCCAAAACCCUCACAAACUUCAGCCCUGCCACGCUACAGGCUGUGAGUCCCCUACCUGUGCCCAUCAAGCAGACCCAUCUCCAGCUUGAGCUGCUCAGGAAAGGCAUUGGGCUCAGCCCUGCCACUGCCUCACAUUGCUGCCCUCUUGCUGCUUAUUUCAGCCAGGAUGUGACUUUCAGGAUGGCUUAGAGGGACUGGGAAAGGGUUGCAGGUAAUGACUUUGAAGGGCUCAAGAAGAAAUCUGGGCUGCUAAUUAUUCACUCUUUAAUAUGCAAAAAACACUUCAACAUGCAGUUACUGGAGCAAGGCUGGCUCUGUCACAGCAAGCAAUGACAGAGCCAUCCCUGCUCUUGCUCUCAAGGUGAUACUCAACCAUCUCCUCUCUUGCAAGCCAAGAUAAGACACUGUUGUAUCAUUAUCACAGCGGGGCUGGGUGCUUGGAAGAGAUGUGUGCCUGGCUGCCUCAUGGGAGCAAUAGCGUGAGCCCAGUGCUGCAAGCCUCUGCCCUGGUUUUGUGCUCACUUCCACUGUGUGACAGUUCCAGAAGCACCAUAGUAUCAGCUGCAUGAGAGCAGAGGGUGUGCUGUGGGUGCUGCAGUAUCCCAGCAUCCCAGCUUGGCUCUGGAGCCCUUCAUGCUGCUCUGACAGGAAUCUCAUGCUUCCCAGCACUGGAUCACAAGUGGCUGCCUUAAAUCAGGCCCAGCACACGCUCUUGCUGCUGCUUCCCUUGAAGGUGCUACAAUCCCUCCGGUGUGCAACCUAACGGAGACGUGUGCCAGUGUCCGUGCCAACAGUUUCACUGCUGUACCCAUCCUCUGCCCUGCUCUUCCCUUCCCUGUGGUCUCUGAUGAUAAAUAGCAAUACCCACAGGUCACCAGCGAUGUUGUGGUCCAUGGUGCUCCUGAGCUCUGGCCUUGCCAGGCAGGAGGUGGCUCUGGGCCUCCAACUGGCCUCUGCAGGAAGGAGCUUUGAGUCCUGUGCUGCCCCUUGGUGCUCACUAAGUCUGGAGGAGUUGGGGAUCUUGGACUCUCUCUGGCAACAGGAGUGUGGAAGUGGUUUGGUUGAAUAUCGAGGUUCCCCAGACCCAUUUGAACUAUAGACCUGGGUGGGUGGGGAGGUGCAGAUUGCUGUUCAAUGUGCUUCCACACCCCCCAACUUGAAACACCCCUUCCCUCACCCACUUCCCAGCGUUGUCUUCCUUUGUCCAAGGUCUCCAUUCUGUUCAAUUCGGUGGUUACGAUGUGCCUUUCCUUCUCAGGACCUGUUACAAACAACCUUUCUGCUUUUCUUUCUGUCUAACAUUUAUCUUCCUCCCUUCCCUCUGUCACAUUAUAAAACAUGAACAUAAUGCAUGGAAUACAAUACAAUAAAAAGUGUGGCUUAACUGCC